GAACGGCCUCGAAGUGGCCGGCUUAGGCCUCUCGGCGACUUCCCGGGCCCCACACUCCAGGAAAAAGGCCACAGUCCCCGCGCCGCUGUCCGUGGAGCCCCUAACCCCCCUCCCCGGCCCUUCCGGCGGCCGCCGUCCUUUAACCCCCGGAAGUGGGCGGGAGAGGAAGCGGCUGGUGAUGCUGGAACAAAUAUGGCCGCCCCGGCGCCCGUCGGCUCCUCGGGCUCCCGCAGUCCUCGGCUGGCCGCCGGCCUUCGGCUGUUUCCACUACUGGGGCUGCUGCAGCUGCUGGCCGAGCCUGGCCUGGGCCGCGUCCACCACCUGGCGCUCAAGGACGAUGUGAGGCAUAAGGUUCAUCUGAACACCUUUGGAUUCUUCAGGAACGGGUACAUGAUGGUGAAUGUCAGUAGCCUUUCCGUGAAUGAGCCUGAAGGAGCCACAGACAAGGACACAACGAUUGGAUUCAGCCUAGACCGCACAAAGAAUGAUGGAUUUUCUUCUUACCUGGAUGAAGAUGUGAAUUACUGUAUUUUAAAGAAACAGUCUGCCUCUGUCACCCUUCUAAUCCUAGACAUCUCCAGAAGUGAAGUGCGAAUAAAAUCUCCACCAGAAGCUGGUACCCAGUUACCAAAGAUCAUCUUCAGCAAGGAUGAGAAAGUCCUUGGUCAGAGCCAGGAGCCUGGUGUUAACGCUGUUUCAGCAGGCAGCCAGACUCAGAAAAAACAAGACAGUGCAAAGUCUGAAAGAAGUACAGUGGAUUCAAAGGCAACAGGAGAGAAAUCCUUUUCUGUUCGUAAUAAUGAUGGGGCAGUUUCAUUUCAGUUUUUCUUUAACAUCAGCACUGAAGACCAAGAAGGCCUCUACAGUCUUUAUUUUCAUAAAUGCCCUGGAAGUGAAAUACGGUCUAAUGACAAGUUUUCAUUCAGCCUCGAUAUUGAGAUCACAGAGAAGAAUCCUGACAGCUACCUCUCAGCGGGAGAAAUUCCUCUCCCCAAAUUAUACAUUUCUAUGGCCUUUUUCUUUUUGCUCUCUGGGACCAUCUGGAUUCACAUCCUUCGAAAACGACGGAAUGAUGUAUUUAAGAUUCACUGGUUGAUGGCCGCCCUUCCUUUCACCAAGUCUCUCUCCUUGGUGUUCCACGCAAUCGACUACCACUACAUCUCCUCCCAGGGCUUCCCGAUCGAAGGGUGGGCUGUGGUGUACUACAUCACUCACCUCUUGAAAGGGGCCCUGCUGUUCAUCACCAUUGCGCUCAUUGGCACCGGCUGGGCUUUCAUUAAGCACAUCCUUUCUGAUAAAGACAAAAAGAUCUUCAUGAUCGUCAUCCCGCUUCAGGUCCUGGCAAACGUGGCCUAUAUCAUCAUAGAGUCCACUGAGGAGGGGACGACCGAGUAUGGCUUGUGGAAGGAUUCUCUGUUUCUGGUGGACCUGCUGUGCUGUGGAGCCAUCCUCUUCCCGGUGGUGUGGUCAAUCAGACAUUUACAAGAAGCAUCAGCAACAGAUGGAAAAGGUGACAGCAUGGGACCUCUUCAGCAGAGAGCGAAUAUGAAAACCGGAAGUCAUGCAGCUGCCAUUAACUUGGCAAAGCUGAAACUUUUCAGACAUUACUACGUCUUGAUCGUAUGUUAUAUAUACUUCACCAGGAUUAUUGCAUUUCUCCUCAAACUUGCUGUUCCGUUCCAGUGGAAGUGGCUCUACCAGCUCCUGGAUGAAAUGGCCACGCUGGUGUUCUUUGUUCUAACGGGGUAUAAGUUCCGUCCAGCUUCAGAUAACCCCUACCUACAACUUUCUCAGGAAGAAGAUGACUUGGAAAUGGAAUCUGUAGUGACCACGUCAGGGGUGAUGGAGAAUAUGAAGAAAGUCAAGAAGGUGACCAACGGCUCAGUGGAGCCGCAGGGUGAGUGGGAAGGCAGCGCGUGAUGGAACAGCUCCGAGGCGGCACUGUCAGAGGAAACAAUUUAUUCAUGGUCCUGUUGGUCAGCGAGAGAGGUCGGCCCCUCCCGACGGUGACACCGCAGAGCACGUGGCUGGGAGCAAAUUGCCACGGAAGCCUAACUUUUCACUCUUUUCUGGAAGCUGGAUCUGUGGCUGGUGAUAGGCAGCUAGAAUUCUCCUUCAGGUGGGAGUGCUGGGUAGGGGGUGUAAGAGGAGGAGGGUAGAAGGAAGACUUUGUUUUUAAUCUCUAUUAUUUUAAAUUGGGAACUCUUCAGGUAGGUGCAGUUGUGACCCAGUGUGUAGCAGCGGAAUGUUGGUGGAUGGGGCACGGCGGGGGGCGGUGUGUCUGCAGCCGUUCAGGGGAAGGGACUUUAGGAAAUGAGCAGAUGUCGAGUGGGGCACGGAGGCUCACAAAGAAGGGAAAGGUGAGCAUCGCUGCGUCUUGGGGACAAAAAACGAGUGAGAUCAGGUUAUUUUAGAAAGCAAAGUCAAAACCCAAUUUAGUAUUAAGCGACUGCCCCAGGACUUCCGGCCCUGAAUGUCACCCAGACCUUCAUCCCGGAUUCUGAAAGUGACCAGAAACAACGGUCGUCCGAGGGCUACCGUGUCAGAGUCAAGGCCCUGGUGGUGGCAAAUGGUUCUCUUGACUGAAGUGUGUUCUGUGUUACCUAAUGGUUGGACGGAAGUGUGUGUUUAAGCUCGAAAAGCCGCCUCCUGUAGGAUUUCCCUGAACAUCUGGUCCCCCCGACGGCCCAGAGCAGCACCGUCUCUGGCGGCCCUCUCUUCUCGCAGCUGCGUCUAUUUUGUGUGAUCAGAAUAUGGGGAAACGGGAAGGACUUUUCCUAAGGAGCAGCUGGGGGCAGAAAGGAUCAUGUCGAAGCACAUCCUUAAGGCAAAUCGUCAUCAUGACAAAGCUUUUCCUGUAGCCAGGUAGGACUUCUAAAGGGAGGAAUGAAGCAGACCUUGUCCCUGUAUUCCAAGAGUAAGUAUGCAAAGAAGAUGCGGGUGAUUAAACAGGUUUACUCUCGGGGUGUGGGGAUGAUGAGAUCUUUCACAGAAGCUCAGUGAGGUUCCCUUCCAAACUUUCAGAGCUUGGAGAGGAACACGGAUAGCUUGCCUGAGGUGAACAGUAUUGCAGCUCGUAGCCAAGUCAUCUUGAGUAGUGGGACAAGCUCAGAAGUUUCCCCGUGACGGAGGGCAUAGCAGGGCUUACCGCUCGUUUCCUACGAAGGCUUUGGCUGCCGGAGCCUGAGAUGGGGACUGAAACACUGCAUCAGGCAAGCUCCCUGGAGCGUGGGGCCCCGGCCGGGUGGGGUAGCUCCCAGUGCCCACGUGUGUCAGGAGCCCAAGCCCCCCCCCCCCCCGACCUCCUGGCCUGCCUCCUGGGUGCUGGAUGGUGACGGUGGCUGGUGGUUAUUCUCUUACCUCUGGCUUGGAAGGAUCGAUCAGAAGCCACAAGAUUUAGGGGUGCCGUUCAGUAUGCCCAGUUUGGGAACCUGAAGUGUCUUUACUCAGAAAACAGUUAUUUUCCCUCUCCUGUACCAUUUCACUUCCUAAAUGACCAGUGAGGAAGCAAGUGUCCUUUCUAUGCGCUUCGAUGAGUCCUCUGCUCUGCCCAGUGCCCCCUCCACAGGGGCUCGGUCCUGGCUGAGUAGGAGGAAGGGCCAGCAUCUUCCAAGGCUGCUGCUGCCCACCUCUCCGCAGAUACCUUAGGGAAGGGUUCGUGUGUCUUCCCAUCUUCAGGAGCGAGGAAAUAUGCCCCAAGUAUUCAUCUAAGGGCCUUUUUUUGUCUUGUAAGUAAUCCUGGAGCUGUGUGACAGGAGAAGGAAGUGGCAGGGAGGACGGGAGUAUUUUUGAGACUUUGUUUUCCUGACGUGAACACCAUCCCAGUGAUUAAGAAAUGUGUCUCAUACUGUGGCCAGAUCUCCCUUUGCUGCUUCCCUCCGAGGGACGUGUUUGCUGUUUGUCCUGCAAGCAGAUGUUCUUGGCUAGGCCGUAGACCUCUUGGCAAGAACCAAAGGUUUGAGGAAACACCCCCCCACCACCACACACACACACCCACGAAAGGGUCUCCACAGAGGUGUCCUCACUUCAUGUGCUGGAAGCGGGGAAGCGAGUGAAUGAAGAUGAGUGUGUGCACGUGGGCUGGCACCGGCCCCUGCUCAGCCCUCCUGCUCUGAGGUCCCCGGGCCCCAGCGGUCACAGGAGGGCAUGAGCCAGAGGGCUGGGCUUCUCUGUGGUACCGGGUGGUCUUCAAAUCCCACGCGGCACCUCUAGGCUUGCAGAAUGGCUGAGAGGCUACAGUUUUACAGUCCUGACCCUUCCAGAACCAGAAGGUACAGAUGAGAUAAGAUAGUGGAUUAGAAAUAAAGGCAGGCCAUAGGCUUCCUAACAAACGGGUCGUCUGCCCACGUCCUGUAUUUUAACUGGCAGAAGGUUUAAAGGCAGGCUGCUGAUCAAGAGGAAUCAAAACCCCAGCCCAAGAUUGGGAAAAUAGGUGGUAGUUCAAGUUUUGACAAAAUUGUUUAAGCUCUUCAUCCUGUUGCGCAAAAAUUUGUUCUCUUUCUCUAUGACUUGAUGGCAAUGAGCAGCAUUCAGCUCUCCUCUUGAGUAAAGAUGACUGAUGGGGGUCUAAAGCCAAGUUGUUUCCCCAGCUGACAGCCCACUCCCUGAUUUUCACAGUCCACUUGGGCUCAUGGUGAUGCCGUGUUUGAAUAGUUAAGCCCUCUCAGUAUUUCGGGGAUUGGGCAGACAGGAUUGGUGCACAUCACAGAGUGAUCGGUGGUAUUUAUAGCUUCGCUCUGUGUUCUGCUCCCCGUUUCUGCCUACGCGAAAUAUACGUACUUCCUCUGCGAAUCCGGCCGUGGACUGGAAGUGCCGCUGGCUGUGAAACUUUAGGAAGUAAAGGGUCUGUUUUCCUUUAAUAAAGUGUGUGUGUUUUGCUAGAAAAUUACUUCUUGGACAACAAGAACAAUCACUGAUCUCUUAAUCCUGGCUCUUAACAGUGGCCGGAGACUCCAUCGGCCUGUUUCUGGGUCCCGUGAUACUUGAACGGUUUAGCAGCAGUACCUCCCCUGAACACGCCUGCUGGCUCCUCUUGGAAAGAGAAGCUUGCUCUAGUGUCAGAGAUGGUUUCUCAGAUCAUAGCCUGAGUCUGUUUAGUUUCCUUUCAAGAAACCACUUUAGAGUAAAAUUUCCAGGUUUUUUUUUUCCCCCGGACAAGUCCAGCCAGCCAAGGCGGCACCCAGUCUCUUCAUAAGUCCACUCCACGGGGCUGCCACGGCCAGACGUCCACUCCCUCGUUGUGAUCUCGCCACAGGAUGCUCUCCUCCCCGUCCCUCUCCCCCCACUUCCUCCUUCCCCCUCCCCGCCCAUCUCUUCUUUCCUCGCCUUGGCCCUCGCCCAUCAGUUCCACAUGGGCUCAGUCUGGGAGUACGGGCUGAAGCCUUUGGUGCAUUGCAGCAUUUUCUCCCAGCAGCUGUGUGAAGGAUGUCUUUUCCAAGCUGAGAAUUGUAUCCCAAGAGCACAUAUUACUGCUUUGGACCAUAUGUGAUCUUCCGCCCCCGCACGGAAAUGUCUGUCUUGUUUUAGUCCGUAGUGACCAAGGAACAGUGUCAAAGAUGCCAGUUUUAAUUGUGAGUGGCUCUGGGCAUCUCUGCCAUCCUGGAGCAUAUCCUUCGAGGGAGGCUUCUAGGACCUGAGGCAGUCUGAUGGGUUAUUGGCCCUGCUCUGUACACCCCGUAGAGCAGUGGGACCGUUGGUGCUUCCUGCUGCCGAGCAGCUUGUUCAGAGGACACGGGUCCUCGCCCCCUCCUCCUCCUGCUCUGCACUCCACACCUCACCCUUGCUUCCCUGACCCACGCCUGGCCUUCAGCAGAUUCCGAACACGCUGAGUCCAGGAUGCCUGUGGCCUGCUGCUUUUUUUUUCUCUUCAGAAUUCAGAAUUCCCCACUGAAGAAGUUAAGUUAGACUUUGACUUGAUACCUCUUGGUGUAUCAAAAACCAUACCAGACAUUCUAGAAGAUCCGCCCUUUACUCCAGUUUUCUCUAGGGUGUUUCUGGCAGGAGGUCGUACAAGAGCUCCACCUGAGUUGAUGCUAAUACUCGUCACUAUGACCUGCAAUGUAGAUACUGAUUGGCAAGCCGGACAUUCCCCCCAGGCCCCUUCUGUCGCUUGCGAUGCAUCUGCCCUCUCCGCACGGCUUAUGCUUGAAAUAUAAUGUUUUUCAGUGGCUCGUUGCUAGGACAUGGACACGCACAUCCUCUGAGAGACUGUGUGCAGAAAGCACUCGGCGGGGCGGGGCGGGGAGACCCAGGAGCAAGGAUUCGGUUGUGUUGCGUCAAGGACCUUUGGGACCUACUGGCAGGAAGUCUGCAGGCCAUUUGGGCAGGAGUGCGGAUAAAGUCAGUAAAGGUCAAGGUGAGAUGGAAGAGCUAGCUCACCCCCAGACAGCAAGCUUCUCUUGGGGCGGGGUUUGAGGCUUUGGGGUGGGCAGCCAAACCAUCAAGGGGCCAGGCGGUCAGCCUUCUUAGCGUUUAAGACACUUAUUACAAAAGGAUCCAAAAAUCCUGUGCACACGGGGGUUUCUUGAUGCCUUAAGCAGCCUUUGCGGAUGAUAAAUUGGAUUUGCCUAGUCAUGUGACCUCAGAAGAACAUCCAAUCCAGAAAUAAGUUUCAUUUGGGGGAGAAAAUGUAAAUAUUCUUUGCUUUCCAGGUUAGAUUGGGAUGCAGCAGGAGUUUUCAGUACUUUUUUUUUAAACACUGAUGGUCACUGAAGAGUGUUUAUGUGAACAUCUGCCGGGUGGAGGCUCCGAUCGGGAUGAUGUCGGGGCCGGGUUCUCCUGCUGUGGUGCACACGUGUACAAUAAAGAUUCUGGGACAGGAA